UCGAGCCCCCCCUCUCCUCCGCUCACCUUAAAACCACCGUGCAUCACCAUGGCGAGUUGCUCCUUCGCUGGCGACCGAGCACUAAGGAGACUGAGAGCUGCAGCAGCAGCAGCGUCAGCAGCUCUAGCAGCAGUGGCGACCACCCCGCUUCUUUCCUCGGGAACCCCGACCGCACUCAUUGGGACCGGGUCGUCCUGUCCGGGAGCCAUGUGGCUCUCCACGGCCACUGGCUCCCGGUCAGACUCUGAGUCCGAAGAGGAAGACCUCCCCGUCGGGGAUGAAGUCUGCAAACGCGGCUACCUGAGGAAGCAGAAGCAUGGGCACAGGCGUUACUUCGUGCUCAAACUCGAGACCGAAGACGCCCCGGCUCGGCUGGAAUACUAUGAAAAUGCCAGGAAGUUCCGGCACAGUGUCCGCGCAGCGGCGGCUGCGGCAGCGGCUGCCGCCUCGGGUGCUGCGGUCCCCGCGCUCAUCCCACCGAGGCGCGUGAUCAUCCUGUACCAGUGCUUCUCCGUGAGCCAACGAGCUGAUGCCAGGUACCGACACCUUAUUGCCCUUUUCACCCAGGACGAGUACUUCGCGAUGGUGGCCGAGAACGAGUCGGAACAAGAAAGCUGGUACUUGCUCCUCAGCCGCCUCAUCCUCGAGAGCAAGCGCCGCCGCUGCGGCACGCUAGGCGCGCAGCCGGACGGAGAGCCGGCGGCCCUGGCGGCAGCAGCGGCGGCGGAGCCACCCUUCUACAAAGAUGUGUGGCAGGUAGUAAUCAAACCCAGGGGGCUGGGGCACAGAAAAGAGCUGAGCGGCGUGUUCCGGCUGUGUCUUACCGACGAAGAGGUUGUGUUUGUAAGGCUCAAUACUGAAGUGGCCAGUGUGGUCGUCCAGCUCCUGAGUAUUCGUCGCUGUGGGCACUCGGAGCAGUACUUUUUCUUGGAAGUCGGCAGGUCCACGGUCAUCGGUCCAGGGGAGCUGUGGAUGCAGGUAGAUGACUGUGUGGUGGCCCAAAAUAUGCAUGAGCUGUUUUUGGAGAAGAUGAGAGCCUUGUGCGCAGAUGAAUACCGAGCCCGGUGCCGCACCUACAGCAUCAGUGUUGGCGCCCACCUGUUAACCCUGCUGUCCACUAGGAGGCACCUGGGCUUGCUCCCCGUGGAGCCCGGCGGCUGGCUCCGAAGAUCCCGCUUUGAGCAGUUUUGCCACCUCAGGGCUAUCGGAGAAAGGGAAGAGGAGAUGCUCCUUAACAGGCGCUUCAUACCCAGGGAGCCUCGGCCUCCCUCCAGGAGAGGAAGGGGGCACGUGCCCAGAGCCCGCAGGGCCAGGAGAGCGCUUUCAGUACCACCCAGCUUUUCCCGCCGCUUAGCACCUAGCCCGCCGGUACGUGUCUCACACCCUGAAGAAGCCUCCAAUGACAGAGCUUGUGAAGCCUCUGGCUCCAACUCUGGCAACUCUGAAGAAAAAGACAAGGAAGGCGAGGAAGGAAACGAAGGUGAUUACAUGCCCAUGAACAACUGGGGCUCAGGAAACGGCCGGGGCUCAGGAGGUGGACAGGGCUCAAGUGGCCAAGGCUCCAGCAGCCAGAGCUCAGGAGGGAACCAGUGCUCAGGUGGCAGGCAGGGUUCUGGAGGUGGCCAGGGCUCAGGAGGCCAGGGCUCAGGAGGCCGGGGUUCAGGAGGUCAGGGUGCUGGAGGAAACCAGUGUUCAGGAAAUGGCCAGGGCACAGCAGGUGGCCAUGGCUCAGGUGGAGGCCAGUGGCCUGGCGGUGGCCAUGGCUCAGGUGGUGGCCGGGCACCUGGAGAUGGUCACGGCUCAGGUGGUGGCAAGAACUCAGGAGGAGGCAAGGGUUCAGGAAGUGGCAAAAACUCCGAUGAUGGUGACCGUGGGAAAUCUGUGAAGAAAAGAUCAUACUUUGGUAAAUUCACUCACAGCAAGCAACAGCAAACGCUGCCUCCACCUCCACCUCCACCCCCGCCAGCCGGAGCAACUGGUGGUAAAAGCAAGUCGGGGGGAAGAUUCCGACUUUAUUUCUGUGCAGACAGAGGAGCCACAAAAGAACGCAAAGAAGCCAAAGAGGUGAGAGAUAGGGAAACCCCAGAAGGAGCAACCCGGGGGUCCCACCGAGCCAGAGCUUACGAUGAAGACGAGGAUGACCCAUAUGUGCCAAUGAGGCCAGGGGUGGCUGCCCCUCUCGCAUGUUCCAGUGACUAUAUGCCAAUGGCUCCUCAAAAUUCCUCUGCUACCAAAAAGCGCCACUCUAGGUCACCAUUCGAAGACUCCAGAGGGUACAUGAUGAUGUUUCCCAGAGUGAGUCCACCACCACCUGCCCCAAGUCCUCCAAAAGCACCGGAUACCAAUAAAGAGGAUGACUCUAAGGACAAUGACAGUGACAGUGACUACAUGUUUAUGGCUCCUGGAGCAGGUGCGAUUCCUAAAAAUCCUCCCAAUCCUCAGGGAGGUUCUUCCUCCAAAAGUUGGAGCUCUUACUUCUCUCUGCCAAGUCCUUUUCAGAGUUCACCCUUGGGACAGAGCGACCAUAGUGAAUAUGUUCCCAUGUUGCCUGGGAAGUACCUGGGGAGGGGUCUAGACAAAGAAGCCUCCUUUAGCCAGGACACCAAAGAUGUGGGGUCAUUCUCAAAACCUGGAGAUAGCGGGUCACCUUCAAAGCCUUCAGAUGAUGAGUCCCCAGUGAACAAGGCUAAGAGACCUAACCGACUUUCUUUUCUUGCAAAAGGAAACAAAAUCAAGCCCAAACCAGUAAAGCCCACACAGGAGCAGAGAGGAGCUGACAGCUCUCGUGACUAUAUCAACAUUGACUUCAUUAAAAGAGAGCGCCCUGUGCCAGCUCCCUCUGCUCAAGGACUGCCAGAUUCUUGGGGCUUAAUUACUGACCCCAGACGCACAGCUUUUUCCGGUUACCUGAAUAUUGAAAUCGGGGUGCCCUUUCCAAAUCCAGCAAUCCGCCUCUCAGAUCUUUUAAGAGUUCUACCAGGUGCCAACUCGAUCUAUCUGGCCGGUGCUAGGUGGCCCUUUCGUCCUUUCCCAGGCAGUGCUACAAGACGUAUUGUGGAAGAGGGUGAAUACAUUGAAGUAAUUUUCAACCCAGCCAUGAGACCAGUCGUGCCUUUUGCUGACAGUGCCAUUCGCUUUGAUGUUCAAACCGGUCAAAUGUAUGUAGUCGACCCAUUUUCUGAGUGCUGUAUGGACAUUUCUCUCUCUCCUGGUCGAUGCUCUGAACCGCCACCUGUAGCUAGGCUGCUGCAGGAGGAAGUGCAGGAGAGAAGACGCCCACAAAGCCGCUCCCAAAGUUUAUUUGCUAACACCCGAGCCGCUGUCUCUGCUUUCCCAACUGACAGCUUGGACAGAGAUUUUCCCGCCGCUUCUGCCGGGGUUGUUGUUCCAGCUGGGGCGCCCAUCUUGGCAGUGAGCCGGGCUUUAGCUGUGGUCUCUGCGCUCGCAGCGGCCCCCGGUUUUGGCGCUAUCUUUGCCGGCUUCCAGGCCACUGUCAGAUUUGACUCCGCCUCUGCUCGCCGGUUCCAACCUGUUGCGAAUGCUCUCGGUGCCCAGGCUGUAAGAGGGGCCCAGGACAUUGCCGCAGGCUGGAAUCCUGAAGCCCUUAACCAAGCUGCCAGAGGUGAGGAACUGGCGGCCCGCGCAGCAGCUCCCCCACCGCCACCUCGCCAGCGACGGGUGCUGAGACCCCCAGAGAGAGCUGACUCUGAGGACAACGACGAAGAUGACGACGAGAUUUACGUGAGAAUGGACUUUGCCAGACGUGACUACAAGAAGUGACCAUUCUCCGCAAAGAGAGAUAUUACAUUGCCACCGAAACCAAACACAGUUUAGAAGAAACAUGACACGGACCUUCAUCUUCAUCUACUCCAGAUCUGCCUAAAAGAAAGAAAAUGUUGAGGCUUCUAAAUAGAAAGCAGUCUCAACUUCUACCAGUCAACUGGACUGUGGCAGCUGAAUGAACCGGCUCAUGGAGUUCAUUCUCACCACUGCCUCCUGGAUCCUGUUGAUUGACUUAAAG